AGGGAUUCCGUCAAAAAAUCAGAAAAGUUGCGAACAAGAGCACAACAAAACAGAGUCGCAAAGAAUCGUGAAUGAAAAUAUCCAGAAAAUGGCAGUGGUAGUCGAAAACAUGGAGCAGCUACAAAGGCACUAAACCCUUGGGCAACCGGAGCACCGUCGCUGCAAGUGGCAUCGGUAAACAGAGGCCCGUUUUCUACCAACCCCACGAACAACGGGGUCAAGUGGGGUGGUGCUGCUGCUCGGAGAGUGUUUUGCAGUAAAGGUUCAGCGUUCCAGCGUGAAGCUAAUUAGAGCCACAGUGUUGCCCUUGUGCGUUUGUGUGUAGUGAAAUAAUUAGCGCCAGAUUUUGGAUAAAGGCAAGCCGGGUCGCUGCGCUUCCCCAUUCGCGUCGGUGCGAGCGAAAUUGAAGAUGAGCGACGGGGAUGUCUGCACAGCCGCCGGUCGUCCUCCUCGGAGGCGAACACAAUGGGUGGUUUUGUUGUCGAGCGUCGCAUACGUCGCGGUCGGAACGGUGCUGCUAGCGUCCCUUACCACACCCAGCCCGGUCGCGGCCGUUUCAACUUCGGCGGCCGCGCUACGGCACGGCGGUGGAACGAAGGACACCUUCGGAUGGGACGAUGCCGGGUACGAGGAGGAAGGCUACUGUGCGCCGUACAAUGGGAAGGUGUGCAAACGGUUCAUAAACAGCCGGCAGGUGUGGUACAGCCGGGAAGAUGGGACGGGCGGUUGGGAGAAUGAGAAAAUCACCACCGCCCUAUUUGAGGAUCUGAUCAACGAUCUGCCCCCGUCGUGCCGUCCGGCAGCAGAGAAAUUGCUCUGUGCGUAUGCGUUUCCGCAGUGCGUCAUCAAGGAUGGGGCCACGAUACGGUUGCCGCUGUGCUACGAAGACUGUGUGGCGACGUACCUGCAGUUUUGCUACAACGAUUGGGCGCUGAUAGAGGAGAAGAAGGAACGUGGCGAUGUGAUCAAGUCGCGGGGACACUUUCGGCUGCCCAACUGCGAGGAAUUGCCGCGGUACAACAAAUCGGCCAAACCGCCCGUAUGCUCGCAUGUUGGGCUGACCGAACUGGUGUCGGAGGAAGUUACUUAUGAUUGUCGAAUGGGAAAUGGAAGGUUUUAUCUUGGCACGGUAAAUGUGACGAGCACAGGCAUACCGUGCCAGAAGUGGGACUCGCAGGAGCCUCACUCACACCACAAACCGCCACUGGUGUUUGCGGAGCUACAGGAUGCGGAAAACUAUUGCCGAAAUGCGGGCGGGGAAGAACCGACGCCCUGGUGCUACACAACGGACAAAUCCGUUCGAUGGCAGGCUUGUGAUAUUCCACUCUGUCCCAACUCGACCGAUGCUAGCGACAUUCGCGGAAAGAUCGACAUGACCAUGGAAUCGGUCUUUACCCCGUCGAUGAUCUUUCUCCUCUCCGGCAUCGGUUUCGUGGCGAUCGUACUGCUCCACCUGAUGGUGCUGCUUUGCUACCGUGUGUCGCGGCACCGGCGCAAUCGCCGACAGUCGGGCGCUGCCGGGUACAACCCAACCGCCACCGCACAGGACGGCCAGGGCAUCGACAUCAACAAGCUGCCCUCGAACGUAAACUACCACCGGACCGGUGCGCAGCUGAAUCCGAAGCUGGAAAAGCUGGAAUUCCCUCGCAACAACAUCAUCUACAUCAAGGACCUCGGUCAGGGUGCGUUCGGGCGGGUGUUUCAAGCGAAAGCGCCCGGCCUGGUGGCGGGCGAAGAUUUUACGCUCGUCGCAGUGAAGAUGCUAAAGGACGAGGCGAGCCAAGACCUGCAGGUGGAUUUCGAGCGGGAAGCCUGCCUGCUGGCAGAAUUUGACCAUCCCAACAUCGUGAAGCUGCUCGGCGUCUGCGCCAUCGGCCGUCCGAUGUGUUUGCUGUUCGAGUUUAUGGCACGCGGCGAUCUGAACGAGUUCCUGCGCCAGUGCUCCCCGUUCGCGCAGCAAAACCGGGCGGACAACAUCAGCACCGAGCUAUCGCACGGCGAUCUGCUCAACAUUGCGCACCAGAUCGCGUCCGGCAUGGUGUAUCUGUCCGAGCGCAAGUUUGUGCACCGCGAUCUGGCCACCCGCAACUGUCUGAUCGAUGACCAUAUGGUGGUGAAGAUCGCCGACUUCGGGCUGUCGCACAAGAUCUACCUGCAGGAUUACUACAAGGGCGACGAGAACGAUGCCAUCCCGAUACGCUGGAUGCCGCUGGAAAGCAUCCUCUACAACAAGUACACGAUCGAGUCGGACGUGUGGGCGUACGGCGUUUGCCUGUGGGAGAUAUUCUCGUUCGCGAUGCAACCGUACUACGGCAUGACGCACGAGGAGGUGGUGAAGUUUGUGAAGGAGGGCAACAUGCUCGGCUGCCCGGAGAACACGCCGCUGACCGUGUACGAUCUGAUGCGCAAGUGCUGGAGCCGCAAGCCGAACGAUCGGCCCAGCUUUCACGUGAUCUACCAGAAGCUGCAGCAGAUACGGGCCGAUUUCGACGGGAAGAUGCUGAUGUAGCCAGCUGGCUGAGCGGGAGAUUUGGAGGUAAGUGACAGCGGUGCAGCAGCAGCAGCCGUAGGGAAGGCAAACUACAGAUAAAGAUCUAAUUCAAUUUCAUUCUGCAAUGUGGAGGGGGGUUUUUCUGUAAACUUUGAUACCGGAAGUAGUGCCAGUUUUGCCCUAAACCUACUAAAAAGUCAUUAUUUCUGCUGGACAGAGAGCGCGCGGUGGUAUCAGAAUCGGAAUUAGUCUUUCUUGUAACCGUUGAUUCUCAGCAUCACAUCAUUUAGCUCAUAUUUUUAGCGUUCAUUCAUCUUAUUUUUUAAUUAUUUAUUACCCAUAACAAGCAUCAAACACCCUUUUUGUUCGCAUAAUUCUCAAGACUUGACGCCACAAACGGCUCUUUUGCAAAGACUUUUUUUUUACGCACACAGGAACAGACUGCCAAUGAAAAUCUCAGUAUUUUAGUUAAUAUUUAUUGCAAAUGCUCCUUGCACACCACUGCCUUUUAUGUUCACCAUUACCAUUUGCUGGCGAAAGCAAUCCAUAAGCUCUGGCGCCUCAGUGGUUGCUUCAUUAUCAUUUCAAGACUCAUUGUUUUGUUCACCAUAGCUUAUUCGUAUGUAUGCCGUACGUAUUUAUUACAUGCUAAAAAAAAGUAAUAUGCACUAAUAUCGGCAUUACGGGAACGACCAUAUCGAACGGAGAAUUUUGUUAGUUAAACCAAUGUAAGGGUUAAUGUAUAAUUUUGUCGCUUCUCAAUGUUUGCACAAACAAACCUCGACUCAAAUUUAAUUCCUCAUAAAGUAAGACAAAAUACAAAAACAAAACUAUCUAAAGACGACUAGAGAGCAUUCGUGAGACUAUUUUUAUUGUAAAAAAGUAAUAACACACACACACACACACUCGAUAUUGGCGGAUGCGAUCAAAGUAAGCUGGUUGGAUCAAAUUGGGCGCAUUUGUGCAUGCUUCGAUUUUACGCCAUUUUCCAGUUCGGGCGGUACGGUAAUGUGUAAUGGUGGCCCCCCCUUAUAGCAUGUAAGUGGUACAAUAAUAAUGUGUAGCAGUUUUGUGAAAUAGGCUGACAAAGCUAAGAUUUGUAUAAGGAUUUCAUUCCGAGCGUGUUUUGAAAGUAAUGUAUAAAAUGUGAACACACAUAGAGAGAGGUGAACGUAGCAUAAAUGUUCACUUUCCACAUACCACAGACACACACACACACACACACACACACACACACACACACACACACACACA